UGGUGAUGAAAGACAGCAGGGACAGAAGGAACAGACAGAGAGACAGGGACAGAAGGAACAGACAGAGAGACAGGGACAGAGAUAGCUACCUAGGUACACUGUAGGUAGGCUGUGGAAGGGGGCAUAUUUUUGGUCUAUAUUCGUAAACAUUUUCACUCACGUUUCUAAAUGAGACACUGAAGGAUGUUGAUGAUCAGUUACUAGACCUGGGUACCUCUGCUGGUACGGGAUCAGUUUGACAUGUCGCUGAUACUGACUGUGUUAGACAAGUUGACGUACUUCCUGUCUUUAAUUGCGUUUUGCGUCAGUGUAUCUCAUGGCUGGUUGAAAUGAGACUAGAUCAUUCCAUUAAUCUUCAUUUGGGGCCCGAGAAUUACAUGGUGUCAGUGUAUCUCAUGGCUGGUUGAAAUGAGACUAGAUCCUUCCUUUAUUCUUAAUUUGGGGCUUGAGGAUUACAUGGUGUCAGUGUAUCCAAUGGGCUAUUGCUAAUUUCUGAGUUCAAUCCAUUCUGUAGAGAUGUUUUCCCGUGUGAGUUCAUUAGGAUGCUUUUAUCCACAGGCGUGGGACACCUGUCACCUCUGUGUGUGACCGGAGACAGUGAGCCACCUGUGAGAGAUCAACACCAUGUCACUACAGCGGAUGCUGAAGCUGCUCUAUGCGCUGGUGCUGUGUGUGUCCGCCAACGAAGACUUCGACUGGACCAAGAAUGAACGCGGAUCAUUCUACUACGGCACUUUUCCAACUGGGUUUUCCUGGGGGGCUGGGGGCUCUGCAUACCAGACAGAAGGAGCCUGGGACAAGGAUGGCAAAGGGAUGAGCAUCUGGGACGUGUUCGCCCACAAGAAGGGAAAGAUCUUCCUCAACGACACCGCAGACCACUCCUGCGAAGGAUACUACAAGUUCAAGGAUGACAUCACCUUGAUGAAGGACAUGAAGUUUAACCACUAUCGUUUCUCCAUCUCCUGGCCAAGGAUAUUUCCCAACGGAAUCAAAGCUGAUCACAUCAAUGAGAAGGGAAUUAAAUACUAUGAUGACCUGAUCAACAUGCUCCUGGACAAUAACAUCACACCAAUAGUCACCCUGUACCACUGGGAUCUGCCACAGGUGUUACAGGAGAAGUAUGGUGGAUGGCAGAACGCCAGCAUGGUGAACUAUUUCAACGACUUUGCCAACUUAUGCUUUGAGCGGUUUGGUGACAGAGUCAAAUACUGGAUCACCUUCAACAACCCAUGGUCUAGUGCUGUGGAGGGCUAUGAGACUGGAGAACAUGCACCUGGACUGAAGCUGAAGGGCACUGGGGCCUACAAAGCUGCCCACCACAUUAUCAAGGCACAUGCUAAGGUUUGGCACACCUAUGACACUCAAUGGAGAAGCAAACAGAAAGGCUUGGUUGGGAUCUCGUUGUUGGCAGACUGGGGGGAGCCAGUGGACAUCACCAACCAGAGAGACAUCGAGGCAGCAGAGAGAUAUGUCCAGUUCUACAUGGGCUGGUUCGCUACACCCAUCUUCAACGGGGACUACCCUCAGGUCAUGAAAGACUACAUAGGUAGGAAGAGUGCCCAGCAGGGUCUAGGAACCUCCCGUCUCCCCGUCUUCUCUUCCCAGGAGAAGAGUUACAUCAAGGGCACCUGUGACUUCCUGGGUAUUGGCCACUUCACCACGCGCUAUAUCACCCAGAAGAACUACCCGUCUGGCCGUGGGAACAGCUACUUCACCGACCGUGACCUGGUGGAGUUGGUGGACCCUCGCUGGCCCGACCCCGGCUCUGAGUGGCUCUACUCUGUCCCCUGGGGAUUCAGACGCCUGCUCAACUUCGUCAAGACCCAGUAUGGGAACCCCAUGAUCUACGUGACAGAGAACGGGGUGUCAGAGAAGGUGCAGAGGUGCACAGACCUGUGUGAUGAAUGGAGGAUGCAGUACUUCAAGGACUACAUCAAUGAGAUGCUCAAGGCCCUUAAGGAUGGCGUGAACGUGAAGGGUUACACAGCCUGGUCGCUGCUGGACAAGUUUGAGUGGGACGAAGGCUUCUCUGAGAGGUUUGGCCUGUUCUACGUGGACUUCCUCAACAAGAAUAAACCACGUUACCCAAAAGCCUCUGUUCAGUACUACAAACGCAUCAUCAGCUCCAAUGGAUUCCCCAACCAGAGAGAGGUGGAGAGCUGGAGAAGGAAAGCCACAGAGACAUGCUCCUCCAGUAACCAGCUGCUAGCUGCAGAUCCGUUGACCAGCCACAUGGAGAUGGUAACAGAGAUCGUGGUUCCUACAGUGUGUACUCUCUGCAUUCUCCUGGCCGCUGUCUUCCUCAUGUUCCUGCUGCGUGGACGCUUCUAGAACACUGCUGUCUUCCUCAUGUUCCUGCUGCGUGGACGCUUCUAGAACACCGCUGUCUUCCUCAUGUUCCUGCUGCGUGGACGCUUCUAGAACACUGCUGUCUUCCUCAUGUUCCUGCUGCGUGGACGCUUCUAGAACACCGCUGUCUUCCUCAUGUUCCUGCUGCGUGGACGCUUCUAGAACACUGCUGUCUUCCUCAUGUUCCUGCUGCGUGGACCCUUCUAGAACACCUCUGUCUUCCUCAUGUUCCUGCUGCGUGGACGCUUCUAGAACACAGCUGUCUUCCUCAUGUUCCUGCUGCGUGGACGCUUCUAGAACACUGCUGUCUUCCUCAUGUUCCUGCUGCGUGGACGCUUCUAGAACACCGCUGUCUUCCUCAUGUUCCUGCUGUGUGAACGCUUCUAGAACACCUCUGUCUUCCUCAUGUUCCUGCUGCGUGGACGCUUCUAGAACACCGCUGUCUUCCUCAUGUUCCUGCUACGUGGAAGCUUCUAGAACACUGCUGUCUUCCUCAUGUUCCUGCUGCGUGGACGCUUCUAGAACACCUCUGUCUUCCUCAUGUUCCUGCUGCGUGGACGCUUCUAGAACACUGCUGUCUUCCUCAUGUUCCUGCUGCGUGGACCCUUCUAGAACACUGCUGUCUUCCUCAUGUUCCUGCUGCGUGGACGCUUCUAGAACACCGCUGUCUUCCUCAUGUUCCUGCUGCGUGGACGCUUCUAGAACACCUCUGUCUUCCUCAUGUUCCUGCUGCGUGGACCCUUCUAGAACACUGCUGUCUUCCUCAUGUUCCUGCUGCGUGGACGCUUCUAGAACACUGCUGUCUUCCUCAUGUUCCUGCUGCGUGGACGCUUCUAGAACACUGCUGUCUUCCUCAUGUUCCUGCU